AUGUUCCUGACACCUAUAGCAGCACCCAUGUGCUCCAGUAUCGUGUAUCCAGAUUUUGGGGUGAAUAACUUUCAGAUCAGGCCAGAUUGGAUUAACUUGAUGAGCAACACCCUGCAAUUCUGCGAGCUACCUCAAGAGAAUCCAAACACACAUAUUGCUAGAUUUCUCAGAAACUGUCAGAACUUCCAUGCUCCGGGAGUCAAUGAAGAUGCUAUUAAACUACGAAUAUUCCCAUUUACAUUGAGAGAUGUUGCAUUGGAGUGGUUAGAUGCUGAGCCUCACGCUAGCAUUACUACAUGGGAAGAACUAAUCAAGAAGUUCUGUAAUAAAUUUUUCCCACCGGCGAGGAUAGCUAAAAUCAUAUUAGAAAUUCAGAUUUUUCAACAGAAAGAGGGAGAAAGCUAUCACGAAGCAUGGAAUAUGUUUAAUGAGUUGAUGAGAAAAUGCCCAAACCAUGGAAUUACUAUAGGUAAUCAAGUGCAGUACUUCUACACUGGACUUACACCACUGUCAAAAUCUCAAGUCGAUGCCUCAGCUAGAGGAUCAAUUAUAGGAAAAUCUGUGCAGCAAACCAUGGAACUGUUUAAGUUGAUUGCCACUACACAUUCCAUGUUCUCAUCGAAAAGAGUGGCGCCACCGAAGAUAGGAGGAAUGUAUGAGUUAGACAGCGCAGCAGCUACCAACGCCCAAAUAGUGGCAUUAACAAAACAAAUGGAGUUAUUGGUGAAAUCACAAACGAAAGGAGCACAUGCAGUUACAGCUGGUCCAUCAUGCGAAAACUGUGGGGCUAAUCAUCUAACAGAAAACUGCACAUCUAUAGGCUAUCCCGACGAGCAGGUGAAUUUCAUUCAGAAUGGGCCUCGAAAUUUUAAUCCAUUUGCUCAAACAUACAACCCAGGAUGGAGACAACACCCAAACUUCAGAUGGUCGGAUAAUCAACAAGGUAACAGUUCAAAUAAUGCCCAACAGGAGAAAAAACCAAGUUUGGGGGAGAUGUUCAACCAGUAUAUGCAGAAGACUGACAAGGUGUUUCAGCAGAUUGACGCUAAUUUUUAG